AACCAUACAUUACGUACAUGAACCUUCCCUUUUGUUUUCUCUCCUUAUAUUAAUCUCUUCCAUUUCUCAUUUUCAAAACUUUUUCCAAAUCUAAAAUAUGGCAUCUUCAUCUAGUAAUUUAGAUACCAAUAAUAAUAAUAUUAAUAAUCUCAAUGGUUUGAACUCGUUCAACCAUUUUUCCUUCUCAUCAACCUCUCACCCUUUCAUCAUGACCAGUUCUUUCUCUGACCUUUUAGCUUCUCCUCUUGAUGACAAUGAAAACACUAACAACAACAACAACUCAAGAAGUGAUUAUGGUGCUCCUAAGUUCAAGUCUACACCUCCUCCUUCUUUGCCUUUGUCACCACCUCUGAUUUCUCCUUCUUCGUGUUUUUCUAUCCCUCCUGGUUUGAGUCCGGCUGAACUACUUGAUUCGCCUGUUUUGUUGAACUCUAACAAUGUUUUGCCAUCUCCUACAACUGGUGCUUAUGCUGCUCAUAGCUACAAUUGGAAGAACAAUUCUGAGGGGAAUCAACAACUUGCGAAUUUCUCUUUCCAAACCCAACAAGUUCCUGCUGUUACUGCAUCCAACACAUCUUUUCAAUCAUCAAACGUUGGAAUUCAACAACAACAACAGCAACAGCCAUGGAGUUAUCAAGAAAGCACAAAGCAAGAAGGUUAUUCAUCUGGAACCAAUAUGAUGCAAGGUGAAAACAACAACAAUGCUGUGCAGAUUUAUUCUCCGGAGUUUGCCAAUGUUCAAAUGAACAACACCAUGAUGAACAACAAUGGAAUUCAAUCUGAUUACAACAACUACCAACCGCUGCAACAAGUUCAAACCUUGAGCAAGAAAUCGGACGACGGAUACAAUUGGAGAAAAUACGGACAGAAACAAGUGAAAGGAAGUGAGAAUCCGAGAAGCUAUUACAAAUGCACGUACCCGAAUUGUCCCACGAAGAAAAAGGUUGAGAGAUCGGUCGAGGGACAGAUUACUGAGAUUGUUUAUAAGGGUACUCAUAAUCAUCCUAAGCCUCAAUCUACUAGGAAGAACUCGUCGAAUGCUCUUGUGAUUGUUCCUGCUAAUGCCAAUGGAAAUGAAAUGCUUGAUCAACCGUAUGGUUCAUUUGGUAAUGGCCAAAUGGAUUCUGGUGCUACUCCUGAGAAUUCGUCGAUAUCAGUUGGCGGAGAUGAUGAUUUUGAGCAGAGUUCUCAUCAGAAGAGUAGAUCUGGAGAUGAUGAUGAUGAGCCUGAUACUAAAAGAUGGAAAACUGAUGGUGAAAAUGAGGGAAUUUCUGCACCUGGGAGCAGAACAGUGAGGGAACCUAGAGUUGUUGUUCAGACAACAAGUGACAUUGAUAUUCUGGAUGAUGGUUACAGAUGGAGGAAAUAUGGACAGAAAGUUGUUAAGGGAAAUCCAAAUCCAAGGAGCUACUACAAAUGUACACACCCAGGUUGUCCAGUGAGGAAACACGUUGAGCGCGCUUCACACGAUUUACGGGCUGUGAUCACAACCUAUGAAGGGAAACACAACCAUGAUGUCCCUGCUGCUCGCGGAAGCGGAAACAAUUCCAUAAACCGCCCAACGCCAAACAACCCUUCAAAUCCAAACAAUGCAGCCACUUCCAUUAUGCCACUACAGAGUCUAAGGCCACAGCAACCAGCACAAUUGUCCCAAUCCCUUCCCUUAAACUUAGACAUGCUGCAGCCUCAAGGAAACUACGGAUUUUCAAGGUUUUCGAAUCCAAUGGAGUCUUACAUGAAUCCACAACAACAACAACAGCAACAACAUCAACAACAGCAUCAGCAACAACAUCAGCAACAACAACAACAACAACAAAUGUCUGACAAUGGUUUUUCCUCUCGAGCCAAGGAGGAACCUAAAGAUGACAUGUUUUUCGAGUCAUUGCUAUGCUGAAUGGAUUCUUAUUCUUUCAUUUUUAGCAGGUAUAGCACCAAAAAGAAGGAUUUUAGAAUUUUAUUUAUUUUUACAAAUAAGAAAAAACUUCAUUCCAUUGAUUUGUUGGAUUUGUUUUCUUGGAAGUUUGGUUUUUUAGUUGUAAAUUUAUACAACCAUAGGUUUGGUAUAGUAUACAUUUCACAGCUUUUAUUUUCA